AUGCCUGUAAUUUUCUAAUAUGCACGGAUUAAUGGCUCAUUAUAGGCCUACAUAAUAACAAUUAGGACUGAACAUAGUUAUACAAAGACACAUAGCCUCCUCUCUUUUAUGGCAUCCAAGCCAAUGCAAAAAUACACGUGUACUUACAUUUCAUUCAUUUGGCAGUUAAACCACGACGAAAACUGCUUCUGGAGUGCUCCUUGACCUUAAUGUGGUACAGCUUCACUAUAUCCAACCAUUAUCAUCAGCCAGCUGUUAGAGAAAGCCGAGUGUAGCCCGGCCCAUCUCAACACACACACACACACACACACACACACAGACACCAUUCACACACGAACACACACAGCAGGCACCGGCGGUCUGGAAACGUAUUUUCCGUCAAUCUUGUGUCAUGGUAUCUCACCGUGGAGAGACAUAGAGGCCGUCCUAGUCACCGCUAUCAGAUAAUAAUGUCUUCCAGGGAGCGUCGGUCAGACGUCUACAUAAAGGCAGAACCGAGCAGUCCAGAGGGAGGAGGGGGAGGUCGGAUCAGCCCUGGCGGGGCGUCUUCAGACUCCUCCCAAAGUGGAGGUGGAGGAACCCGAGGAGACGGCGUUAAGCGGUACUCCCCGCCGCUCUACACACCGGCACUCCGUUGCCACUUUAAAGACGAGGGUGGGGAUGGAGCGGAGGAGGGCUCCGCUGGAAAUGGAGCGGGGCGAUGCAAGUACGCCCUGAGCACGCUGCCGAAGAGGCUGUGUUUAGUGUGCGGGGACGUGGCCUCUGGGUACCACUACGGCGUGGCGUCAUGCGAGGCCUGCAAAGCCUUCUUCAAGAGAACCAUCCAAGGUAACAUCGAAUACAGCUGCCCAGCAUCGAAUGAGUGUGAGAUAACUAAGAGGCGCAGAAAGGCUUGUCAAGCAUGCCGCUUCACCAAGUGCCUUAAAGUAGGCAUGCUGAAAGAGGGAGUUCGUCUGGACAGGGUCAGAGGUGGAAGGCAGAAGUACAAAAGACGCCCAGAAGUGGAGAAUGCAACGUACCAGAGUGCCCCUCUCCCCCUGACAAAGGAGAGUGAAAAAGGUUCCUCCAACAUCAUCGUGUCCCACCUUCUAGUGGCAGAGCCAGAGAAGUUAUUUGCCAUGCCGGACCCUCUGCAGCCAGACACAGCCCAGCGCACGCUCACCACACUGUGUGACCUCGCUGACCGCGAGCUGGUUGUCAUCAUCGGCUGGGCUAAACACAUUCCCGGCUUCCUGUCGCUGUCCUUAGCAGACCAGAUGUCCGUGCUGCAGUCAGUGUGGCUGGAAGUGCUGGUGCUGGGUGUAGCGUACCGCUCGCUUGGCUGUGAGGACGAAGUGGUGUUCGCGGAGGAUUUUGUCCUCGAUGAGGAGAUGUCCCGUGUUGCUGGACUGACGGAGCUAAACGGCGCAAUUAGUCAACUUGCUCGCCGCUUCCGGGCGCUGAACGUGGACCGAGAGGAAUUUGUCAUGCUUAAAGCCAUCGCACUCACUAACUCAGACUCUGUUUACAUCGAGGACACGGAGGCGGUGCAGAAGCUGCGGGACCUCCUCCACCAGGCCCUGCUGGAGCUGGAAUGUCAGCGGCGCCCAGACGACUCCCAGCGGGCCGGACGCCUCCUUUUAACACUGCCUCUCCUCCGACAGACUGCUGGCCGUGCUCUCACCACCUUCUACAGCAUCAAGACCCGCGGUGGCGUUCCCAUGCACAAACUAUUCCUGGAGAUGCUGGAAGCCAUGAUGGACUCUCCCUAGAGCAGAGGGAAGCAGCAAAUAGGAUGCAGAGAGAGAGACCCAAUGGAGAUCUAGGUUUCAAUAGUGGAUGAGUGGUUUGUGAGAAACGAAAGAUUUUAUUAGAGAAUUCAUAAUGGAGGAAAUGGUCCUUUUUUUCCCGUUUUCCAUAGGCUACACAUGAAGAAAGGAAAAUAAUAUGAGAAAAUAAAAAGCUCGUGCAUUCAUGUCCCGAAGUGGGAAUUGGGUAUUUGCAGUAAGACUUAUUUAAAAGGCUCCAAGAGUGAUGACAUUUAACGCGAAUGCCAGAAUGCUUCAUGGUUUCAACCAUUUUCAUGGUGAGUUCCAUCACAGCAUUGCUCUGCAGUUCCAUAACCACUGAAAAACGACAUGGAGGUGGCCGAGAACAGACUGACACAUGUGGCUUGUGAACUUUUUAAAACAACACCUACUCAUGGAAGUCAUAGCAACGUCAAGCGAAAGACAGAUUAAUAUGCACAUGGAGUGCUUGUAUUUUCUAUAGUUUAGUGUGCCGUUGUCAGCAAACUCAUAGGAACUACUCGCAAUAUGUUAAAGCAAUAUAAUGAAUCAAUUUGUUGUCCGUCACAUUUAAAAUGUGGCUAAAAGCGUGAGGCAUCUAGUCGUGUGUGUGUAUAUCCGUAGUUCUCCACUCUCAGAACCCCAAGUGCUGAUUUCUGAAAUUCCCGCUGCUAGCAGAGAGUGCUUCGGGGUCACAGAGGCCAGGUGAGCAGAUUUAAAAUGCUAGUAAGGAAGAAAGAAAAAAAAGAAGAAAAAAAACAGCACUUUCGGGGUAAAUACCAGAGUUGGGAACUACUGAUGUACCAAGUAGGUGGAGGACUCUUUACAAAAGGUUGUGCAGUCAAUUCGAGGGAGAAGUGCAUACAAAGAUUGUGUAGAAUGCUCUACUCGGAAGGCGAUUCAUUCAGUGCUACGCGCAAAAAAACGUUGCUUCCUUUCCAGUGAGCGUGUGCGUGUGCGCCCGCGUGCAGGCGAAACCAUUGAGCUAUCAGAGAUCAGGGAAGAACGCAACUCUUUGAAAAUAAAGCGUGGCUAAAAGCGAACAAGUAAGUGGUUAAAACAGAAAUGUCAAAGGCCUCAUCUGCUUUUUUUUAAUACUGUCCUCUACCAGUCGAUCUGACCAGGGCUUUUGACUUCAGCAGCUGUGCUGUUCAAAAACAAUUGUCUGACCUAUUCGAUUUGGGGGCUCUAAUACUUAUCCAUACGAUUGAUAAACGAUGGAGAGGUUUUGCUGCAUUUUCCGCAGUCGUGAUGAGCGUUGAAUAGAAGAUCUGAAUUGUGCACAUCGUGAGAACUAAAACUGCAAGUGUCCGUUAUGGGCUCAGGACAACAAGAGAUGCAAAAUAUGCAUUAUCUUCUUUUUGGAUGUUGAAACCUUGUCUCAAAAAACCCUGAAAGUUGAUCAUCAUAAUAAGCUUCACAUGCAAUGCAAGGCUACAGUAUCUGACGUCAAAAUCAGACAGAAUAUUUAGUGGCCAGAGAGCCAUUAAUCUUUCAGCCAUGUACAGUUUCAAUCAAAAAAACAGAAACAUGCAAUUUAUAGUGGAAGACAAUAAAGCCAGCAAAUAUGAUAGAAAUUCCCCAUAACAAUUAUAUUUGUGCAGCUUACAGUGCUCUGAAAUUUGUAAAGCUUUUUCAUAUAUUUUCCUUUCUAGGACUCAAGGGUAUUUUAUUUACAUUGUGACACUGUUGUGGGUUUGGUAUUGAAAUGAAGCUUUCCAUUCAGGAUAAUAUAAAUACUAAAUGUUUUUUUAUGUAAGCAGUUGUUUUUUCUGAAUCUGAAUGUCAUUUUAUGGAUCAAUUUUAUCUGGCUCUAUAGAUUUAGCGGCAUGGUGAGGCUACAGAGGGCUCCCUCAGGGUGCAGAGAAAGCCAGAUGGCCAAAUAACUGUGGAGACAAAUGGAAUUCUUGAUCUUUCUAAUUGGUCAACAUAAAUUUGAGCAUCGGGCUCAUCAAAUGUUUUGGCAGCUGUGAGAAUCAGCCAAGAUCAUGUAUUUUUUUGUCUUCACAUUAUAUAUGGCUGAUUAAUCCUGCUUCUCAGCAUACAUGUUCUGUUUUUUUUUUUUACAAAAAAAUAAAUAUAGAUGCCAAGGUCCAAGUAGAGCUGUUAAAAUGUCUUCAUAUUGACUCUGCCAUUUACACAAUGGAAGCUUUUUCAUUAGAGUACAAUUCUGUUUUAGGUACGAUGGAUUUUGGAGGUAGGCAGGGUCGUUUGCAGUGUCACCGUUAUAAUGAUACAGUCAUUUGUGGUUUUAUGAAAUAUGUGCGCAUUAAUAUAAAUGAGCAAUACAAUAAAUUACCAAACCUCACACAUUUCCUUGUAUAGCUGUGUAAAUGUAACAACGCCAGUUAUAAUGAAGAAUAGCUACUAAACGUUAUAUUAUUUAGUUCAAAUCAAUGUUUGUAUUUUGAAAGACUAUUUAAAUGAUUAAAUUCUAUUUUUUACUCAAUUUACCGUCGUUUGUUGACACCGCUUUGUUUUUGCGUGUGAUAUUGGCUGUGAAUUUCUGUGUAGAUUUUUUUUCUUUCUUUUCAUUUAGAUAAAACGGUUUGAUGUCCUUGUCUAAACAUGUCCACAUAAAAAUCACUGUGAAAAAAGUGAGAUCAUCCACUGUCUGACGCAACGGGGAGUGGAUUAUUGUAGGUGCUUUGUGUUGUGUAAUAAAUGGACACACCACCACCACA